UCUGUUCUUGCUAAUGCAAUUGGGUGAGUUUGAUCGUGCCUGUCGUGCUUUUCUUGAGCUGAUGUGACUUUCAGCAACGAGGGUCGGUAUGCAAUGGCUUGGAGUCGGUCAAUCGGCCAACCAGCCUUCUACAGAUACGACCAGCGCAGGACAAGCGAGUCAGUCGGCCUCAUCUGAAAAAGCGGCUCCUAUCAAGGUGACACCGAUAUGGCCACUUGGGACACCCCUGUCCAUGCUUCUCUAUACAUCCACGGCAGUCGACUCUUCCGAUUUGGACGUCACCAAGCCGUUGCUCGUCUGGGAUGGCCUGACUUUUGGGGACUACAAAGACAUCCGAGAAGCUGACUUGACUCUCAACGUCCCUCAAAACGUCAGAGUGCACAACGCAAGCUGGUGGAUGGAUAUAAUUCUUGUCAAAGGAGGAGGUAUCGAUCUCGUUGGCAAAGGUCAAGAUGAGGUCGCCCUGUACAGAAAACAACUCACUCGGUUUCUCCCAAAGAAACGGGUCAGGAAGGAAAAGAAGCUCAUCGGCCAUGAUGAUGAUGGUGACGAAGAUGAGAAUUCUCUCGAGCCAGCCGUCGAGGACAUCCCACCCCAGACGAUCAUCGGUCACUGGUCGAACAAUCUGACUUUGACGCUAGUGGCUGACGAUAGUGAAUGGGACCUUUCGGAGCUCGAAACUCCCGUCUCUCAGCACAUCAUGGCAGUCAGACCGGCUAAACCGGACGCUACGCCUAGUCAAAUCUAUCCGAUCGUCUUUGCGAAUGAUUUCUGGCUUCUUAAAGAAAACAUGAUGCCGAUCAACGAUACGCUCAAGACUGUCUCUUUACACAUCAACUACCAUACCUUAUCAAAGUGGAAGUUCCAAGUCUACAGCACCAUGACUGUCAAUUUCGAACAAGCGGCACAAAAACAAGGAUCUGGAGUCGAAUUGGACGAAGUGAAACGCAUGUUGACAGAGACUUCACCCUGGCUGCUCAUCACGACGGGUAUCGUCACGGUCCUGCAUAUGCUCUUCGAAUUCUUGGCUUUCUCGAGCGAUAUUGGACAUUGGCGCAAGAAAGACAAAGACCUAGUCGGCGUCUCCCUCAAUACCAUUCUCACAAAUUGCUUUGUCCAAUUGGUCAUUCUGCUUUAUCUCCAGGACAGCUCGGAGGAGACGAGCUUCAUGAUCUUAUUUACCCAGGGAAUUGGACUCAUGGUGGAGGCAUGGAAGAUUACCAAAGUCGUCGAAAUCAAAGUCCGUCAGGAUCCGAGCAAGCUCAUUGGCUACACGGUCUCUUUUGAAGACAAGAAGGAGUUGUCAGAAGACGAGAAGAAGACGCAAGAAUAUGAUCGAUUAGCAUUCAGGCUGGUAUCAUACUUCGCCAUUCCAGCUUUGAUAGGCUACACGAUCUACUCAUUACUAUACGAGACCCAUCGUGGAUGGUACUCCUUCAUCGUCUCAACGCUAGCUCAAGCCAUUUACAUGUUUGGCUUUGUCCAGCUCGUCCCUCAGCUCAUCAUCAACUACAAGCUGAAGAGCGUCGCACAUAUUCCUAUGAAGGCCAUGAUGUACAAGACCUUAUCAACGGUUGUGGAUGAUUUCUUGCGUUCUGUGUCAAGAUGCCAUGGCUGCAUCGGUGAGACCCAAAGUCAGGAACCCAAUCUGAUGCCGUCAGACUCGCUUGCUUCCGAGACGAC